AUGCGCAGGGGAAAGAAGAUGGCUGGAAACGCCAAUCUAGAGCCUCUGGGUUCUCGCACCAAAGUUCCAACUUAUGAUUCAAGUCCACUCAAGCAGGAAAAGAACGAUGAGGACCCUCCUCACUUUCGUGCCGAAGGCUCGUCUUACAUAUUUGGACCAAUCAAGCAAGAAGGAGACAAUGAGUAUCGUUUCCGUUCCCGCUCCCCAUUGGAAACUCGUCGGUCCCCCCGUCGAAUUCGCUCUCGGUCCCGCUCCAGAAGCCCUGACGACCACCAUCGUUCCAUUCCUAGAACCCUCCGGUAUUCCAAUCACUAUCGAUCGCGUUCCAGAAGCCCCAAAAGCUCCUAUAUCAACCAAAGCCCGCACAAGUCCCGUCAGUCCCGCCGCUCUAUUUCCUCUAUUUCGGCUCAAAAGGUAUCAAGCUCCAGUUCCUAUAGAUCUCGAUCUCCACGUCAUAGAGACCAAGACACUACAAAGGGCUCCUACGAUGGAAAAUCUCCUCGUGGAGGCUCUCCUACUGAUGAAGGCGCCUCAAGAGGGUUCUAUUACAGACCGUCUCCUUACACAGAUACUCCUAUGGAUCGGGGCGUUCAAAAUAGUUCCUACUAUAGACCAUCGUAUUCCAUUCGAAACGCGAGUAUGUUUUCUGAGUCCAAAAGCCGAGCUUUUUCUCUUGCAUCAAGUUAUAGUCUUAGAGAAUCAUUAGAUGACGAAGAGACACUGACUACAGUGUCGUGUACGAAACCUUCCAGUCGCAAGCGCGGAGAAUUCAUGGUCCCUGCCUACAACUACCCUGAGCCAUCAAGUCCAAUUGAAGAAUCAUGGGCGGAAAUUGCUAGUCGUAAGCAUAAAGAAUCAAUGGCAAACAGAGCAGCUAACAUGACCACUUCGAAACAUGCUUCACUCGCUACUUCCGUAGGAGAAUCCAAACCCCUUAAGAAAGCAGUAAAUUUGGAGAAAUGGGAAUCAGUGGUAAAAGGUACCCCCGUCAGCCCUGUCAGAGGUGAGAGAUCUUUGUUGUUUAAGAGGAAAAAGCAGAGCAAAGCGGAGGGCUUAGAUAUCCAGAACCAAAUAUCCUCCCUCCUGUACCCUCGCAAGAGAAAAGCUCUACAAAUCCCGCCGACUGAAUCUAAGAUGAAUGUUACGACCGAUGUGGAGAAAGGUGUUGGCGUUGCUGAAUUAUUUGAAUCAUCUGCCCAGAAUUCAAGCACUCCUCCAUUGCCUAUAGCAUUACAAGAAAUGCACUCACAAAGCGAGGCCCUUUUAUCUGCUUCAGACCAAGGCAUACACCCAGAGAGACAAGGCUUCGUCGAUAAUUCCCCAAUGCCUAUCCCAUCUAGCCAACGUUCAAGCAUCUCUUCCAAAAAGUCUACGUUCUCAACGGUACAGGAUGUUUAUCCACAAAGCGAGAUUAAUGUGUCGGCUCUCAAUCAAGGCAUGCAUCCAGAGAGACAAUUUCUUCUCCAAACCUCCUCUUCGCCAAAUGAAUCUCCCGAACACUUACAUCUACAGGCUGAAUCCCGUCUCACCAUUUCCUCUCCAGAGAUUAAAGUUGACACACAAACCCUGCAAUCGAAGAUCCAAGAACUUCGUCCUUCAUCCUCUCUUGACGAGAAACCCAGACCAAUUCCUAGCAUCAUGAAUGAGCUAUCAUUUACCGAUGACCUCUUCGAAUCAGACCAAUAUGCUGUCGAGCCAGUGGUUCCUACUCACUGGCAGGAUUAACUCGUCGACCAAGCAAUUCCGAUCAUACGUCUCUAUUGCGUUCCCCAUGUACUCAGCGAGUUGAUCGAAAUAUGGAUGUUAUAAUUUCUUCUCUUUUCGCACACAAGCGGGCUGUUAAACCAGGGAAAUUGGUGUAUUUCGCGAAUAUACAGGAGUCUGGGGUUCUGGUAUGGAUGUACCGACUUUAACGAAGCUACGAGAUACCCUGGGACGGUAAAUGCAUUCGGUCGGUAUAUUCAAAUUUGCGUUUGUGUUUUUCUCACGAAGUCGUCAUCCGACUUCAACUUGACCCCUUUCUAAUCGUUCCCAUUCUGUUUUUCUCUAAUUCAUGUUUUCACGUGGGAUCAUAAUC